GUUAUCUUUUUGAUUAUAAUGAAGAACAAUUAGAUAAAUUAAUUUUAGAAAAACUAAAAUUAUGGCCUACUAACAAGCAAAUUAUACAAACCAUUUAUCAUUUGUAUCAUUUAGCAUGUGAACUUUCAGAAUCUCUUGAUGAAGUUUCAACAUCAUAUAUAUAUAAUGAUACAAACUUAGCAGAUAUUUAA